UCCUGGCUCCGUUGCCUAGCCCAGCGGUAUCGCGGCUCCCAACGUCCUGUGAUCUCUGAGCCUUCCCCAGCCCACGGGACCUUUCCUUUUGCACUCUGAUUCCAGGAACUUCUCUACGACUAAGGCAUUCUCCCUGCCAGGUGUCCUUUUGAUCUCUUGACCUCUGAUUCGAAGGUCAGCUUGAAGGUUCCGAACUCGGGCCUGGGAUGUGAGGGGUUACAGAGCCUAAAUUCCCCAGGGUGUCUCCGUAGGCCACAAAGUCCCACCCUUUAGGCGCCUCGCCCCGGGUGCGAUCCUUCAUUUUCUUUCAAAACUGACUCCCGAGUUUCCAAACCUGGCUCCGGAUAAUACCGUAACUUUUACUAACGCAACCCCAAACCACAAAUGUAAUUCCGGGGAAAAGACCCCGCCUUGUUGACUGUUAGAUCCCUGAUGAUUUGAGUCCGCCCAUCCCCUGCUCCCCUGGUUCCAAAUGUCAGUCCCGGUCUCUUUAGAGUCACUGCUCUGCACUCAAGUUCCGGAAGUUCACCCGAAAACUUUUGGAACUGCCGUCCCUGCGACGAACUCAUUUUAGAGGAUCCAUCCCUCUUCCGUUAUCGAUCUUCCAGGCUAUACAUGCCGUAGACCCAAAAAUGAGUUCUCCAUGCUGUCCUCCCCUAGAGCCCCCAGCCCCUUCUCCAGAAACCCCUGUUCCCCAGGGGCCCAUCGCUCCACUUCUUCCUCUACCCCCAAACCUCCCCAAUUUAGCUUUUCCGCCGCCUCCCUCAAGUCCCCAGGCCCCUAUUCCCCCACCACCUCCAUUGCCGCCCCCACCCCAUGUUGGGGGGCAGCCCGCCCCUCAUGUCUUCGGCCUAGAGAAGAGCCAGCUCCUGAAGGAGGCCUUAGAGAAGGCCAGCCCAGUCCCUGGGAGCAGAGAUGACGUGAAGAGGCUCCUGAAGCGGCAGAAGGACCGUUUCAGAAGUGACUUGCAGUGGAUCCUCUUCUGUGCCGACCUGCCCUCCCUCAUCCAGGAAGGCCCUCAGUGCGGGCUGGUGGCCUUGUGGAUGGCAGGCGCGCUCCUGGCACCGCCUAGCGGCAUUCCCCUGGAGAGACUUGUGCAGAUGGCCAUGGACAGAGGCUACACGGCCCAGGGAGAGAUGUUCUCCGUGGCUGACAUGGGCAAGCUGGCCCAGGAAGCACUGGGCUGCUCGGCUGAGCUGCUCUGCGGGGGCCUGGGUGGUCCCAACAGAGACCGUGUACUGCAGCACCUUGUCGCCGGCUAUCCCUUGCUCAUCCCCUACGACGAGGACUUCAACCACGAGCCAUGUCAGAGGAAAGGCUACAAGGCCCACUGGGCAGUGAGCACAGGGCUCCUGCUGGGGACGCAGGCUGUGCCAACCCUCGGCUAUUCUGAGGACCCCGAGCUGCCAGGUCUGUUCCACCCGGUGCCUGGCACACCCUGCCAGCCACCCCCCCUGCCAGAGGAAGGUGCCCCAGGAGCCGUCUACCUCCUCUGCAAGCAGGGCAAGAGUUGGCAUUACCAUCUGUGGGACUAUGACCAGGUCCGGGAUAGCAACCUGCAGCUGACGGACUUCGCGCCGUCGCGGGCUGCUGAUGGCCGGACGUACGUGGUGCCCGCGGGCGGGGUACGAGCCGGCCUCUGUGGCCAGGCGCUGCUGCUCAGCCCGCGGGACUCUGGCCACUAGCCUGCUGCAGCCGGGGAACGGGGCCCCCUGGCACAGCUCGGCUCUGUCACCAUUUGAAGAGUGCCCCAGUGUCUCCCUUUUCCCAACAAUCCGUCGGAGUGGGCUGUGUUCCUGAGGACCUCCAGCCAGAGCUCCUCCGUGCAGAGGCCUCCUCCCGCGCACCCCUACCCAAUCCAUCCAGUCCCAGUCCCCUUCUCCCACACCCACCCCCCAGUGUUGAGCCCCUGCUGUGUGGCUGGAGGCAAAGCCAGGAGCUGGCUAGACAAGGCCCCUGUCCGGGGAGGACACUGACCACAGCCCGGCCCGAAGGUCCUGUCCGUCCCACCCGAAUGGUGCAUCCAGCCAUCUCUCACUGGUGACCACCCUCCCCUCUCUGGACAGGAGCCUUCUCCUUAGACCCCUUGCUUCUCCCCCCCUCCCCACCCCAUUCCCAUGGAGCCUAGGAAGCAUUGCCUUUUA